AUGGUCUCCCGACAGACGACACCGUCUCCUCCUCCAUAUCCCUCGCCACUCUCCAUCAUGCCCUCCGCUGUCGACCAACCAUCUCGAGACAACUGCGACCGUCGUCGACGACAACAUCCAUCCUCAUCGCGACUAUCAAACGUGGCCCCCGAGCUCGUGGGCAAGGCCGUCACGCCUUUCCUCAGGGAUCAUAUACCAACAGCCCUCGGAAAAUCACAACACCUCCAGACCUCGUCGUCCAUGGAAGUCUCUCUCGACCAGUCCAAGACUACUAAAUUCUGCUACCGACACCAACCCGACGCAAAAUGCCGGAAGGUAGCCGACGAAACCAAGAUGGCCAUGAUUCAGAGGGAACUCGACACCCUUCCCUCGAGCGAUCGAGAAGCCAUUUCUAACUUUUGGUCUCUCUUCUCUGCGUCACCUUCCAAGCAUCGCAACCUCAUGCUUCAAGGAAUAAUUACACAAUGUUGCUUCCCGCAGCUGUCCACCGUUGCUCGUGAGGUGCAUGAGCAGCUCAAAAUUGAUUUCCUGACCGCCCUGCCCCCUGAGAUCUCCUUCAAGAUUCUCUGCUACCUCGAUACGGCCUCGCUCUGCAAAGCCGCCCAGGUCAGCCGCCGCUGGCGUGGGUUGGCCGACGAUGACGUCGUUUGGCACCGCAUGUGCAAGCAGCACAUCGACAGAAAAUGCACCGCCUGCGGCUGGGGCCUGCCCCUGCUCGAACGAAAGCGGCUGCGAGAUUGGACCCGACAGCGAACACUUGCGAAUAGCAUUCGGACGACGAUUGAGACGGAAGAUAGCGCUGACCACGCCGACCGCCCGGCAAAGAGGCAACGUGUAGACGACUCUUCCGAGGGGUCGUCAUCCACAGCCGUCGUCGAGACGCAGCCCAAAUUUAGGCCCUUCAAGGAUGUCUAUCGCGAUCGGUUCAAGAUCGGAUGGAACUGGAAGUACGGCCGUUGUGCCAUCAAGACAUUCACUGGCCAUACCAACGGCAUCCUCUGCCUGCAGUUCGACGAUAACAUCCUUGCGACCGGUUCAUAUGACUCGACCAUCAAGAUCUGGAACAUUGCCACGGGCGAGGAACUACGGACCCUCCGGGGCCACACUGGCGCGGUGCGCGCGUUGCAGUUCGAUGAUAACAAGCUCAUCAGCGGCAGCUUCGACAACACUAUCAAGAUCUGGAACUGGCAGACUGGCGAGUGCGUCAACACGCUUCAGUGCCACAGCGCCGGCGUCAUCUCCGUCCACUUUGAGGGCAAAUGGCUUGCAUCAGGCUCCAUCGAUAGGACAGUCAAAGUGUUCAACUUUGAGACGCGCCAGACGUGGAGCUUCCGCGGUCACGAGGACUGGGUGAACGAAGUGCGGAUGGACCUGCCGUCCCGCACCGUCUUCUCCGUCUCGGAUGAUUGCACCAUCAAGAUGUGGGACAUGGACUCGAAGCAGUGCAUCAGGACCUACACCGGACAUCUCGGCCAGGUUCAGCAGCUUGUCCUACUUCCCGAUGACUUUGAGCCCGACGAAGAAUCUGGCGAGGCGGACAAUGCGCCGAGCGCUCCCCCGCGGUACAUGCUCUCCGCCGGCCACGAUAACAACAUCCGACUGUGGGAGAUCGCCACGGGAAGAUGCAUCAGAACCAUGUUUGGGCAUCUCGAGGGGAUUUGGGGCCUCGCCGGUGACACGCUUCGAUUUGUCUCCGGUGCCAACGACUCGAGCAUCAAGAUAUGGGAUGCCCGAUCUGGAAAAUGCGAGAGGACCUUUACCGGUCACGCCGGCCCCGUCACCUGCGUCGGUCUAAGCGACAGUCGUAUGGCGAGCGCAAGUGAGGAUGGCGAGAUUCGAAUCUACAUCUUUGAGGGCAACGCAUCCAACCUCGAAGAGUAUGGCACGCCAGCCUAG